AUGUCAGAAAAGCAAGAGCACGUUGAUGUCCUUGAGGAGAAGGCCAUUGGCCAGGUUGCAGAAUUCGAUCCUGACAGUCUAGCCAUCCGCACCCUCAAGCGCAAACUCGACUACCGCCUCGUUCCCAUUUGGUCGCUUCUGUACCUCUUCAGUUUCCUGGAUCGCUCCAACAUUGGCAAUGCUCGAAUUGCAGGUCUGGAACAAGACCUUAAAUUGACCGGCACUGAGUUCAACAUGACCUUGACCAUCUUUUUCUUUGGCUACAUCUUGUUCGAGGUCCCUUCGAACAUUAUGCUCAAGAAGGUCGGCCCCAGGCUGUGGAUCGCUAUCAUCAUGAUCGUCUGGGCCAUCAUCAUGAUGUCCAUGGCCGCCGUCAAGAACUAUGGCGGCCUCCUCGCCGCUCGCUUCUUCCUCGGCCUCGCUGAAGCCGGCCUCGUUCCUGGCGUCAUCUUCAUGGUCUCGACCUUCUACACCCGCAGAGAGCUCGCCACCCGCAACGGCCUCUGGUUCUCCAUGGCCACUUUUAGCGGCGCUUUUGGAGGUAUCCUCGCCUACGGUAUCUCUAAGCUCCACGGCAAGGGCGGUCUCUUGGGUUGGCAGUGGAUCUUUAUCAUCGAGGGCGCCGCUACUUUAGCCGUCUGUCUCGUCGCUUGGUUUGGUUUGGCCGACUCUCCCGAGAAGGCCAUGUUCCUGACUCCCGAGGAGCGUCUCCUGGCUGCCGAGCGCCUCCGCAUCGACGCCGGCCCUGCUACUGAGACUGAAUUCUCCUGGUCCCAAGCCCGAUUGGCCUUGACGGACUGGCAGACCUAUGCCUACAUUGUCGGAUAUAUCUGUGGCUCGAUCCCAUUAUAUGCCAUGUCGCUCUUCAUCCCCUCCAUUGUUCUCCAAUUCAAGUAUAGUGUUGUCACCACCCAGAUCAUGACUGCCCCCGCCUUUGCCGCUGCCACGGUCACCACCAUACUCUGUGCCAUGUCUUCAGACCGCUUCCGCGAGCGUGGCUUGCACUGCUUCGUGCCCUCAGUUGUCGGCUGCAUCGGCUUCAUCCUGCUUAUCGUCACCAAGGACUCAUCCGUGGCUGCCCGCUAUGUGUCCCUGACCGUCACCUGCUGCGGCGUCUUCUCCUCGGCCCCAGCUAUGUUCGCUUGGUUCUCGGGCAACAUUGGCGGUCACUCCAAGCGCGCCGUGGCUAUUGGGUUGAUUGUAUCCUUGGGAUGCAUCGGUGGCGCGAUCGGAUCGCAGGUGUACCGCCCUAGUGAUGCUGCUGGUGGAUACGUCCGUGGUCAUACCAUUAGUGCCUGCUUGUGCGGUGCUGCGGCGAUCAUGUCCUUGGUUUCCAAGACGAUAUACACCCUGAUCAACAAGCGCCGCGCUAACUUCACGCCUGAGGAGUACGCCCGUGCCUGUCAGGGCAAGAAUCUGCUGGACAAGCAUCCCGACUUUAGAUACCAGACUUAA